GGCUCGUGCCCCGCCCACCCGAAAGUGGGUGAAAGGUCGGCGGCGCCGGCACUGCAGCCGGGGCUGCGAAGCCAGUACUGCCCGAGAACUGACAGACUGAAUUACAGACGGACUAACCAUGGCCGACCAGCCGAAACCCAUCAGCCCGCUCAAGAACCUGCUGGCCGGCGGCUUUGGCGGCGUGUGCCUGGUGUUCGUGGGUCACCCUCUCGACACGGUCAAGUAAGCUAGGUGGACUCCAAUCAAAGCCUGACCUUAAGCUACUUUCAGAGGUCCAAGGUUUAGAAGAGAAAAAGGAAGUCCAAGAUAGUGUAACUGAGCUGUGGUCCGUGUGUCCUGACAAGCCAAAAGCUGCAACGCUUCAGAGUGGGGCAUGAAAAGGCUCUAUGGAACGUGAUACGUUAGAACAAGCAUUCAAGUGCUGGCUGAGUUCGGACUGAAGAAGUAGGGAGACCCAGACAGUCUGGUGUGGGGAAGGCAGGAGUGAAGGUCCGACUGCAGACACAGCCACCGAGUUUGCCUGGACAACCUCCCAUGUACUCUGGGACCUUUGACUGUUUCCGGAAGACUCUUUUUAGAGAGGGCAUCAGGGGGCUAUAUCGGGGAAUGGCUGCCCCUAUCAUCGGGGUCACUCCCAUGUUUGCUGUGUGCUUCUUUGGGUUUGGUUUGGGGAAGAAACUACAACAGAAACACCCAGAAGAUGUGCUCAGCUAUCCCCAGCUGUUUGCAGCUGGGAUGUUAUCUGGUGUAUUCACCACAGGAAUCAUGACUCCUGGAGAACGGAUCAAGUGCUUAUUACAGAUUCAGGCUUCUUCAGGAGAAACGAAGUACACUGGUACCUUGGACUGUGCAAAGAAGCUGUACCAGGAGUUUGGGAUCCGAGGCAUCUACAAAGGGACUGUGCUUACCCUUAUGCGAGAUGUCCCAGCUAGUGGAAUGUAUUUCAUGACAUACGAAUGGCUGAAAAAUAUCUUCACUCCAGAGGGAAAGAGGGUCAGUGAGCUCAGUGCCCCUCGGAUCUUGGUGGCUGGGGGCAUUGCAGGGAUCUUCAACUGGGCUGUGGCAAUCCCCCCAGAUGUGCUCAAGUCUCGAUUCCAGACUGCACCUCCUGGGAAAUAUCCUAAUGGUUUCAGAGAUGUGCUGAGGGAGCUGAUCCGGGAUGAAGGAGUCACAUCCUUAUACAAAGGGUUCAAUGCAGUGAUGAUCCGAGCCUUCCCAGCCAAUGCGGCCUGUUUCCUUGGCUUUGAAGUUGCCAUGAAGUUCCUUAAUUGGGCCACCCCCAACUUGUGAGGCUGAAGGCUGCUCAAGGCUGCUAGAUGCUGGAAGCUGUCGCUGAGGAGAAGAAGUAGUGAACAGAACUAAGCAGUCUUGGAGGGCAAGGGGAGGGGAAUGGUGGGAUCAGAGCCCUGUGCAUGGACUUGGUGAGACCGUUACCUUAAUGACAUCCUGUACCUUGUAUAACUUUGUGUCACUUUGAAACUUGAAUUCAUUCUCGUCAAUUUAAGGGAUCUUAAAAGGAUUUGGAAAUGGAACAAGUAGCUUCUAGACCAGAUACUACCUGUGGCAAGAAUGCUGCCUACCAGUUGACUGCUGGUCCUACCACACCCAAAGUAUUCCUCAUUAAAGAGAGAAUCUCAGGUUCUCACUGGAGGCACUGUGCAGAUUUUCAACCAGAUCACCAGCAGCUGAGAUCUUCUUCAGUCCCUAGCCAGGAAUACCCAUUUGAUUUCCAGGGUGCCAUCUAAUCCUGGGCUGUACCUGUGGAUCUGGACUUGAGGCCCACGCCUGUGUCCAAGUGGACUAGGUAUAUAUGCCUAGGAGAAGGUAGACUGUUAAUCGUUGGAUUUUGAUUUUUUUUUUUUAAAUGCAUGCAAGUAAUCAAAAGUAAAACUAGAGGAGCCUGAUUUUCUGGGAGCAGGUGGAGAACUUUCCCUCCUACACAGUGAGGACAGUCCUAGUCUGCUGGGAUAAGUGAAAAAGCCCAGGAUGUAAGAAGGUCCUUUUUACAUGCUCUUUUCUCAUGAGCGCUCCCUAUUUUAACAAUAAACAAUAAACAUUGUUUCUAAUUUUU